CACAACGAUGUUCCAUCUGAAACGCAAAAUGUUACUGUACAUGCUUUAUUUAGUUUUUCUUGACUCUGUUUCUUCAAAUGUUUUGAGCGAAACAUCGACAUCAGGAAUGAUUCGAAGAUUGGAUAAACUUGAGGACGAUGUAUUCAAGAUUCGAAACGAUAUCAUUGAAGACUUAAGAGAUGGCUUAAGAGAUGAACUGCGUGAUUUACGUAAGGAUCUGAAAGAAGAAAGAGAUUUAAUAAGAGAGGACAUUUCUACGCUUUUUAACAUGUUAACGAAAUCUUCGGGACAGGUUGAUAGACACCAAAUUGAAGAAGUGUCGAAGGCGAAGCAAGGGUCAUGUAAUUGUGGAGCUACUUUAAGUCAAUUUGAAAAUGUAAUUAGUGCGUUUAAGAGAGAAAAAUCCGAAAACAUAAUGCUUCGAAAGGAAUUUAACGAAAUGAUCAAACAACAUGACGACUUUUAUUUAAGAUUUAACAAUGCGGAAAGGAAAUUACGUUCAGAAAUAGACAUCUUUAAAAAUGAGACAAGAGCAAGCUUCAGCGCUACACAGAAACUAGUUCACGAUAUUCAAAAAGACAAUCAAUCGGAGAAAGUAAUGCUUCAAAAUGCAUUUAACGAAAUAAGAAAACAACAUGACGCCUUUGAUUCCAGAUUAAAGAGUGCGGAAAGGAAUUUACGUUCGGACAUAGACAAACACAAAAAUGAGACUAAAGCGGACAUUACUGCGACACAGAAACUACUUCACACUAUACAGAGUGACACGCGUGCUUACUGCGACGACCGGUUAAUUCAUUUAAAUGAAUCAUUAAAUAACCGUUCAUGGCAUACAUUACAUGAAAUAUCUCGAAUAUCAUCAGAUAUUGCAAAUCUUAAAACCUCGAACGAAAACUUGAAGAACGUUAGUGAUGAUAUCAUUCGGCGUCAAAACAAAAACCUUUAUUCCUGUGACGGUGUGGCGGUGAGUGGUGAAUAUAUAAUAAAUCCAUAUGGUAUGAAGGUUUAUUGUGAAGUGGACUCGACAAACAAGGGGUGGAUGGUUAUUCAGAGGAGAAUGGACGGGUCUGUAGAUUUCAGACGCAGUUGGGCCGAUUACAAAAGUGGCUUCGGUAACUUGGGAGGCGAAUUCUGGUUGGGAAAUGAGAAUAUAUAUAAGCUGACUAAGGACAAACCUAGGGAGCUGAGGAUUGAUAUGGAGACGUACAAUGGAACAAGAUAUGCGCUGUAUUCUGAAUUCAAUGUUUCAUCUGAAUCUGAGAAGUAUCUGCUCUAUGCGGCCGGAUACACCGGUGACGCAGGGGACGGUUUUAAUUCGUUUAACCCUGACGAUAAAAUAUAUCACACCGGUCAGUCUUUUUCAACUUUCGAUGCCGAUAAUGACCUGUCUGACGGGUGUUGUGCAUGCUGGUGGGGAGGAGGUUGGUGGUAUACAGCUUGUUUCACCGUAAAUCUAAACGGAAAAUACUAUAUAAAAAAGACAGAUCAUCAGGCGGAAGGAAUUCAUUGGUACCCGAUCACUGGGUUUAGAACCUCUUUGAAAUUCGUGCAAAUAAAAAUACACUAAAACUGCACUUUUGUACAUAACCUGAUACAGAGAUCUUUAAGUAAACAAUACACUUGUCACUUGGGGUUUACCUUCGCAAAUGAUGGCACUUAACGUUUAAUAUUAAAGGUAUUUACACAAUUUGUACAACUUUAAUUAUAUGUGCUGUUUAAAAAAAAACCUAAGUUGCUAAUGAUUAAUGUAUUAACAUGUACGUCACAUAAGCUUGACAUUUGACCUAUGGUGAAAAAAAUCGUGCAUAAUAGCUAAAAAAAAUCUCAAUUAUAACAAUAUCAUGCUGCGUCAAUUAUUUUGGUCAGUAAAUCUGACUAAAUCACGCGAUCAAUUUUCAAUUUCGCACAGCCAACGUCCCCUAUGAUCAAACACCAAAAGGGGAAAAACCAGCAACUUCGCUUAAACAUAAGAUUUAUCAGGAAUGGUCAGAACACUCCGUUGUAGCAAACUGUGAAUAAUUUAAUGAUGUAUUUAUGUGUUGAUUUCUUGUUUUGUAAUAAAACAUUGAAAAACGUAUUUGAUGUAACAGUAACGAAUAGUUCGCAUAAUGUUCUAGACAUGCAGACGUGUAAUAGUGCGAACGAUAAAAGACUAUAUAUGAUAGCAGUUUUUAAAACAUGCGUUAGUGUUGAUGUUUGUGUUGAAAGAAGUCUAAUGAUAACACAGUGACAACUUUGGAUCAGUUUGGCAGGUCUGAAACAAACAUAACGGUAAUAAUUAACUUGCUACGUAGAUACCUCAACUCGUGUUUAUACAACGGAAAUAUUGAAUGCCUGUCCUUACAUUAAUGAAAACUUCUGCCAACAUUACAACAUUAGACAAUGUGCCUAUACCUUAAUGUAGCAUUAAUGCAAUGAAUUUGAUACAUGCUUAAAAAUACUAUCUGUAGACCAUCCUUUCCGUGUAAUAACAAAUGAUAUCGCUUGAAAUUAUAACGUCAAGAUGUUCCCUUCUCUUGCAAAAACCAUUUAAAAAUAUAAAAUAAGUUACAGUCGAUGUAUCUGUCACGAAUCCUAACCAGGAUAUGACCACUUACCAGCUAAUUGGAUACGCGCUGUUAACUCGCCACUUCCUCAAUCUAGAAAAUAAACCACAUGUCUCUCUAUGUGAAUGCAUUAAUGUUGCACUGAACAUUGUCAAAGGUCUGAACUACUUAAUCACUUGCCCAGUGUGCAUGGGUUGUUGUCUCAUAGAAGUGUAUGUAUAUUUGUAACAAAAGCCUUAUUGGUAAAUCGUAUGUUUUCUGUUGUUUUUCUUUAAGUGUUAAUAUUGCUUUGUAUAUAAUACAACUGGUUUCCUAAGUAUUAUAAAAUGAUCUUUUUGUAUUGAGUAAAUGUAAUUUUCUUCACGAAUGAUUUGUAUAAAAUGCGUGUUAAUAUGUAUAUGUAGACAAUAAAAUAUUUGCGCAAAAUC